UCCCAGCUCCGACGAAAAAGAAGUUCCUUUCGAAAGCGGGGAAGCUUUAGGCUUCACGGUGGUCGAAUCAAUAGCGGGUGGCGCGAGCGAGACGGGUAGACGUAGACGCAGAUAGGAGAGUCGCGGAUGGAAGAAAGGAAGGAAGGAAGGGACAAAGGAGGCCAAGGAGAGAUUCGGAAACUUGGAGCUCUUGCACGUUUGUUCGCGCGCGCUCGCCGAUAUAGCGCAUCGAUAAGCCAUCCUUAGCCGAUUAUUUUGCGAGAGUAUCGCCAAGUAUCGGGCCGAGCUUUUCCGCCAACAUGACAGCCGUCAGACCAGCAUGGACUCGUUUUGUCGCUUCCUGUACAACGCCGUUCUCACCGUUGUUGUCUUUCUCAGGAUUAUCAAAAACGGCCUUCUCUCCUUCGAAAAUCCCAACUACCAUCUGGAUCCAGCUCGGCUGGACGAUGCUCUGAACAGCAAUGGAAACGGCAGUUCUCUGUACGAUGAAUUAUAUCAGGAAUUGGUCGGCAGUAGCGGCAGAAGUGGCGAGGUGACCGGCGGCGGCGGGGGAGGGGGCGGUGGAACGAGGGUGCAGGCACGCAGAACCUACGCCACAUUGGAUUUGGGCAGUAUGGGGGUGGACGUCACUCAGGGCCCCCUCACGCAGGAUUCCGUGACGGACGACGCUCCCGACAACACGGACAACCAUAACCUAGGGUACGGCUGCGAGGGUGUGGCGGAGUCCGCUCUCGUCGACGACACCCUCAACGGGAAUCCCCGCUCGUCGUCCACGUCGUCGUCGAGCGCGAUCCUGCCUCAGUCUCACGCCCUUCAGUCGGAAUCCGCGGGAUCGAUCGACGCUACGGACACUUCCGGGUCGAGAAAUUAUUGCGAGAAACCCGACAACGAGACCGCAGAGAUGGGCGGCGUGCCGCACGUGGAGGGUGGCCUGAACAGCGAGCUGUACGCGGUGCCGGUGAAACGGCGACAGCCGAAGGACCAGAAGAACAAUGCGAUUCUGCAGAACAAUACCCAGGAGAAACCGUCGGACGUGGACAGCACCGAUUCCGAGGAUAAGGACGAGAACCUGCCGCCCGGCUGGCAGAAGCACGAAGAUGAGAAUGGACCUUAUUAUUGGCAUGUAAAAAGCGGAAACAUACAGAGAGAACCGCCGGAGGCUCCUCUGCAUUUGAAAACGGAGGCGCGUCGGAGCCUCGUCAAGGAUAAUGAUAGCAUAAACAAUUUUCACACUUUGAGCGGUAUGGUGAACACAGUAACUCGCAGCAACACAAGUUCAGCCCUGGACCAGGAAUUGGAGAACAAGAGGAAGGUGGAAUUGGCGCUCAAACGAAGAAGCUAUCCUGCUAGAGCGGACUCCGAGGGCAGGGAUAAGCCGAUCAGAUUCGCCGUGAGAUCCUUGGGUUGGACGGAGAUCGCGGAAGAGGAUCUAACACCCGAGAGGAGCAGCAAGGCUGUCAACAAAUGCAUCGUGGACCUCUCACUCGGUAGAAACGAUCUUUUGGACGUCGUUGGACGAUGGGGCGAUGGCAAGGAUCUAUUUAUGGACUUGGACGAGGGCGCGCUCAAGCUGAUCGAUCCGGAAAAUCUUACCGUACUUAAUACACAGCCUAUUCAUACAGUUAGAGUAUGGGGCGUAGGAAGAGACCACUGUCGCGAAAGGGACUUCGCUUACGUAGCAAGAGACCGAUCGACCAGGAAACACAUGUGCCAUGUGUUUCGUUGCGACAUACCGGCGCGCACGAUCGCAAAUACGCUUCGCGACAUUUGCAAGAAGAUAAUGAUCGAGCGUUCCCAGCAUCAGACUCUCGCGAAACCGGUGGACAUCAACGGCCGGACGAGUCUCGCUACGAGACCUACGAAUCUGCCCACGGAACAUCGGCGCUUCCACAGAAACGGCCAGGCACUAGUCACACAAUCUUUCCCAACACCGAUGGAAGAACCGAAGAAGGUGUUGCGAGCACAGUAUCUCGGAUCCAUGCAAGUUACUCAGGCGACCGGCAUGGAAGUGCUGAACGAGGCGAUAGAACAUAUCGUGGCGAACACGCCGAUCAAUCAAUGGCGAAACGUCAACGUCGCCGUAGCUCCUAGCAUGAUUUCCAUUCUUACGCCGAACGACGACAAACUCAUCACCGAAUGUCGAGUACGCUACUUGUCAUUCCUCGGUAUUGGACGCAACGUGAAGCAAUGCGCUUUCAUCAUGCACACCGCACAGGACUUGUUUAUCGCACACGUCUUCAACUGCGAGCCCAGUAGCGGAGCCCUCUGCAAGACGAUUGAAGCCGCUUGCAAGCUGAGGUAUCAGAAAUGCUUGGACGCACAUCCACAGGGCUUCAGAAACGCCAGCAGUCUCAAUACUCCGAGCGGCAGAGGUUUAGGUGCGACUUUGAAGUCUCUAGUUGGAUCUUUGACUGGCCGUAGAAGCAAGCAGGGCGAAUCCUGAGACGAGGCUCUCUCGCUGCAGUCCCCCGAUUGUCCGAUGUUAGGAACUCUGGCCACUGCCUGCUGAGCGAGAGGUGAUUCGACACAGGCAUCUGCAGUCGCCUUUGACGCUCAAGUACUUCGGCGGCUCGCCACCGAGCGCGUCCCUCAAGUCGUUGCUGUCACCCUCCCUGGACACCAGGCGUAUCCAGUUCGCCCGUUGGGAAAGCAACCCGUAGAGAAGCACGGGGAGCGAGCCUGAUGUGCCGGGAGGCGGCCAUAGGGCGAAUGGAUAUUCUCUUUACAACGUAAGCGACUGAAUUUCGCGAAAAAUUGCGCAGAGUGCUAUACCAAUACCACAGCUAUAGUGGACUACGCUUACCUAUGUCGAUAUGAUGUUAUGUAUGUUAACGCAAUGAGUCUGAUGAAAGGAGGGAGGGUGUCGCGAGUUUGUCGCGUUUCGUCGAGAGACAGGGACGAUAUCGAGACGCGUUGAUCCUAUCGCGGAAAUCCUUAGGAGGCAGCGUAUAUCAGCUUGUGGGCAACAUUCGCGAGAGAUCAAUGAGUAGAAAGCUUGGGGGAAGGGUAGGGGAGGCGGAAAUGGGGAGAAGAAAGCGAAAGAAUCGGAAGAGUUCGAAGAGCAAAAAUUGUAUAUACAAGAUGGUGAUUAUCGCGCUAGUUGUAAGUUUAAUCAACUCGCUUGCUUGAGCGGGAGCGGGAGAGGUGAGGUGGAGGAGCCCCGACGGUGGGAUCUCGCGAGCGAAUCAAGUUGUGUAUGUGUGUGUGCGUGUCGGAGAGUGAAUGAGCUCUGCAAUUAGCGUAGUAGUAAGCGUAUAUCCGCGAAGGCAUUCGAGGUGAUUCGAGGGGAGCCAUAGAGAGCUUGCAUAUAUAUAAAUAUAAUAUAUAACACAUACACGUGCGUGUGUAAUCUCGGGUUAUACGGAUUAAAGAAGCGAGAUGAGGACGACGACUAGAUUGCACGGAGUACAUGCGUACACGAGUGCGGAGAACUUCCGCCCGCACACGCAUAUACAUAUAUAUAUAUAUGCAUACACACACGUACGUACACACAGGCCAGCACCGCGACCGGGUGCCUCUCGUGGACAUCGUCGCGUUCUCAUUUUGACGAUGGUACGUCAAUCGAGCGCGACGGAUCCGGAGAAACACCCCGCAGAUACACGCGCGCGCACGUUUACACGACGACCGAUAGGGAGUUUAUUUUUUAUGGCGAAUUAAUAGGAGCUUUACGGGAGAGCUUUUGCAGCACCUCGGAGAUCACGAAGCCGAUACGACAAAUACUUAUACCGCGACCGUCCUUUAGACCAGGGGGAGGGCAGGGGGAGGAAUGACACUUAGGCGCAAGAGAUCAGUGGUGCGCAACGGUAUCGAAGCCACAUGCGAUCGUAGCUGGUCGUUGUAUGCGCAAAUAACGUUUUACACGACACAUUUAGAAGAAGCGCGAUAAUAACUGUUAAACCGGGAGUAACGACGAUAUUAGUAAUUAUUAUCGUCCGUGAUAAUUGUUAUCCUCGUAAGCGCAAACGCUAAAAUGAUAAUUGUUACCGCUAGGCGCAUCGUAGCACGACGAAUCGCAGUUGAAAAAAAAAAUCGUAUGCAUAUCAGGCCAUCGCAAUUUCUCCGAUCGCUACCCCAGAGAAUAGAGACGCACGCUCGGGAUGUACUGCUCGUAUCAGAGACAUCGUUUUAACACGAGAAACCGGCACGUACGAAGACAUUCCCACAGCAUCUAGACACACGUCCCACGCACGUAGGAACAUGUAACGAGCCACGGGCUGCGCUUCGCACUAGCGAACGCCGCUGUCUGGUAGAAUUUAGAUAGCUGAGAACGUUACUUCGGGCACGUCUCGGUGGUAACACUCGUAUAAAUCCGAUUGCAUUGCACCGCGAAUCCACAAUACGUAUACAUUCACACGCGUGCAUACUGAUGACGAUUAAUGCGAGAAGGAGACUCACCGCUGUUUGCUGGUAACAGAUACGGAACAAUACGAUUAGACGAGACGCGUGCUCCCUAAUACACGUCUAAUUUGUAAUCAACCCUCCCUUGAUUUCGGCCCGAUUUUAAUUUUAUAUGGUGAUCAUAAAGGAUAGCUUGAUACGUUAAGGAUUUAUAGAUUGUUCGUUAAAUUUCAUCUCCCUAAAAUAAAUCCAAGUGGCACUUAUCGACGAUUAUAUCCCAGCAAACCUCAACUAACAAUAACAUUAUAUUCCAUUUUAUCAGAAGUUCUUGGACGAAUUCUACAAAAUAUCUUUGCUUUCUGCUUAUUCUGUAUUAUUAUUUUAUAAAAGGUCUUGUCAAGUUUAAGACUGCGGUGAUCAAGUCUACCUUCAGUAAGGCAUUAAUCAAAUCUUCCUCGAUAGUAUUCAUACCAGGAUUUCUUUGCAUGCUGUAACAGUCUUUCUGAUUUCUUAUUGACUUGUUAAAAAAGUACUAUGGAUAAUAAUAAAUUAGAUCAAUUAGCCAAUAUUAAAUUUUGUCAAACUGAAAAAAAAACUUAAAGAUAUGUCAAUGGUAUUGUAACGCUUUUCUCGUAUCAUCGAUUUUAAUACUGGGAACAACCAAAUGUCAUAUGGAUCCAAAUCAGGCGAAUGCGGGGGGAUAUCAAGCGCAAGGUAUUUCAUUUCAAUGUUUACAAAAUAACAUUUUAUUUUGUAAACAAAAUCGAAUAAUUUUCUAUUGAGUUUUCGUAGAUCACAAAAUUUGCUGUCAGAUUAUAUCGACAGGCUCUGUUGACAAAGCAUUAGUUUAAUGCGGACACACAUCAGAUAAUACCAGCGGCUUAAUUCUCGAAAAAUAUCGCCUACGAUAUAUGAAUAUCACACUUCGCAACCAUUAACACACUUGCAAAGUGUGAUUUUCUAGUCACGAAAAUCGAUUAUGCACCGGAGCACAAAUCUAAGAUUGUAUGCGAUUAUUUGACCACAAAUCACAUCACAGUGCUCGAACACCCCCUGUAUUCGCCUGAUUUGGCUCCAUGACUUUUGGUUGCUCUCAAUAAUAAAAUCGAGGAUAAAAGGAAAGCGUUACAAUAAUAUUAAGAACAUGGAACAGGCUUUGACUGUGGCUUUAGAGGAGAUUCCGAAAAGGGAGUACGAUGACUGUUUCGAAUAUUUUUCUAAUCGCUUACAGUGUUGUAUUGGCUCAGAAGGAAUGUAUUAAUUGAAUUUAAAAAAUAAUUAACUUCUUGUAAUUUUUUCGGUACCAGUCGCACUAAAGCUUGGACAGCAACUGUGUACAAUUUAUGUAGACGUAAUCUUGAAAUUUAAGAUGUAACGGAACUUACGACAAUCGGAAUUGUUUAAUUAUAUCUGUUAUGUAUUGGGAUCGGUAAUAAGUAGAGUAUUCGUAACCAAUAAAUGUAUAUGUUGAAUAUAUAAACGUGUGUCACGAUCGACGUCCGUAAGCAACCUGACUCUCGGAGCACACGCUCCUGUGACGACGUGUCGUACAGUAGCGUAUUCUCUCGGUAGGAGCCCAAAUAUAUUACAAGAACUUGAUCCGUUCACUCCUUAUUGAGAUCUCAAAAUCUCGGGUAUUUUUUUUUAGCAUUAAGCAUUAAAGCAGUCGUUAGAACUUUAUCAAACAUGUCAAGAGCGAGCAUUGGCACCGAGAACGAGAACGAGCAUCUGAACAAGACCAACACAAAGCUGAUCGCGGAUGUAGAAGAGAUGAUAAAUAAAAAGACCACUAUAUAUGGAGAAAGAGCUUUAUAUGACGCUCGUGCGUUCGCGUAAAAGAGUCACGGUCUCGUGUACUUGGCGCGAGACACUACCGUGUUUCUCGAUACGCUGCAUGUAUUAUAUAUUACACAUAUUGUUUAGUGGGAAAUUAUAAUGUUGAUGAAAUGUCAUUCUUAGUUGAUAUUUGCUGGGAUAUAUCCUGAUAAAAACGAGUGAGACAUGGAACUGUGAGCCACUGAAAUCGCAUCCUCCCAUUUUCCUCGAGAGGCAGCCUUUCCCAUUCGAAGAACGCGGUCCUCGUUGUCCUGCGAGGACGGUCACGUCGUACGAGCCAUCGUCGUUGCGAGAGAUACAAAGUUGUGCGGGACCCAGAACGAAGAUAUUUCUAUGUAGCGUUAUAAGUAAGAGAAAAACAAACAGAAAAAAGCGGAAAGAAGAGAGACAAGAUAUAAUAGAGCGUUGCGGGAGUGUGUGCGUGAAAGGGAUGAGUAUGCAUGAGUAUAUUGUGCUGAUCAGGAAGGGCGAUUAUUAUUAUUAUUAUGUAAAUAGUUCAUCGCGAUAUCUCUCUCUUUAUCCAUCACCAUCGACGCGAGAUCCUUUCUUCUUUUGUUUCACGAUUAAUUAUUAAAAUUAAUUUAAUGUCGCGUAACAUCGCGUUGUACAGUGAACUCGGGAGAGGAAUCGCAUAGCGGUGUCGCGAGGGGUUGAAGGAGCUCGACGCUGAGAUUCGUUCCGCGAAGCUGAGUCGUUCCUGAGAAUCGCGAAUCCCGACGUAACGUCAGUUCGAAGAUUCGCAGAAGCGAGAGUCUCGUGAGGGCAAAUUUCCGCCCGCGUUUCCUUCAACCCUCUCAUUUUUUUGUUCUUCUUUUUUCCCCCCUCUCAGAGGGAGAACAGCCUCGAAAAGCGCGCGAGAGGAAUUAAGAAAUAGUGUGGCUGUAAAUAUGAUAUACGUGUAGAGAGUAAGGCCGAAGCUAUGGAAUUUUCAUCGGACAGACACGUUCACGGAGAAACGUCAUCGCACCGUCCACGUGCCGAUGCACCGAUCAUUCGCAUUCACACACACACACAUACACACAUGCACACACGAUCCUAAGUAGAUACAGCCACGUGUGUGCACAGACGCGUACAUGCGAAGGAGAGAAGAAC